GCAGGGAGGCUGGGACUCACUGAAUCACUGGAUCUGCAAGUGCCCACAUCUCUUGAACAGGACCAAAACUGACUGGAAGAAAACAUUACUUCACAUGGAGACUCCAAUGUUCACCUGCUGGCUGCUUUUUCUGCUGUGUAGUCCAGCUGUUCCCACAUGUUUCCCCACCGACUUCACCCUCUAUGUGGAGAGGCCAGAGUGUGACUUCUGUGUGGCGGUCAAUACCACUAUCUGCAGGGGAUAUUGCUACUCCAGGGACAGCAACGUGAGGGAUAUUCUCGGCCCACGAUUCCUGAUCCAGAGAGGCUGUACGUAUGAUAAGGUGGAAUACCGCACAGCCCGUCUGCCCGGCUGCCCUAUUGACUCCAACCUAUUCACCUACCCUGUGGCUCUCAGCUGCCACUGUGGUUCCUGCAAGACUGACAGCGAUGAGUGUGCACACAGAGCCAGCAGAGACGAAGCUAAGUGCACCAAACCAGUGACAAGUAGCUACCUCUAUCCUGGUUAGAGCAGCUUUGUGAUUCCUUUUUGA